AUGGCUUCAACACGGAAAGUAGGCUACAAGUGUCGUAUAGCCACAGUUCUACUCAUCCUAUUGGGUAGUAUUGCUGGGCUCAUCGCUGUCGCUGUCAUCCAGGGGCAUUGGAGGUCCAAAGAGUAUUCCUUAGAGUACGGCAUCGUGAUUGACUCGGGAUCAUCUCGGUCUAACAUCUAUUUGUAUGAGUGGCCAGGGGAGAAGGAGAAUGAAACAGGAGUGGUGACGGAGAAAUUGAACUGUAAAGUUUCUGGUGUUGCAAUCUCUGAAUUAAAAAAUGACCCAAAGAAAGACGCACAAACAUGGAAGGGUUUCAGAGAUUGUAUGAAAACUGUCUCUGAAGCCAUCCCUGCUAAAAAGCACAAAACCACCCCUCUCUUCUUGGGAGCUACAGCUGGAAUGAGACUAUUACAAGAGAAGGAUAUGCAGAGGGCAAAUGAAGUCUUGGAUAGUCUGAAGGAAUAUCUGCAAUCUCUGCCCUUUGACUUUCAAAAUGCAUCCAUAAUUACUGGUCAGGAGGAAGGACUGUAUGGGUGGAUUACUGUCAACUAUUUGAUGGACAACUUUAUCGAGAAAACCCUUUGGAACACCUAUAUCCGUCCACAGUCAUCCAAGACAGUGGGCUCCAUGGAUCUUGGUGGUGCAUCGACACAAAUCGCCUUUGCGGUUAACGAAGACCUCACUGGGGAUGACUACUUACAUGUCAAGCUCUACGGCUACCCUUACAAUGUUUAUACACACAGUUUCCUCUGUUAUGGCAAGAAUGAAGCUGGCAAGAGGCUUUUGGACAAAGUUAUCCAGGAAUCAUCGGACCCUGCAAAUGUUGACAAUCCCUGCUACCCUAAUGGAGUAAACGAAACCAUUCCAGCCUCGGAUAUUUAUGACACAGAGUGUACUAAGAAACCAAAGAAUUACAGACCAGAUCAAAAAUACAUGAUUACAGGGUCUGGCAACUCAGAAGAAUGUAGGAGAAUAGUAAAAUCCAUGUUUGAUUUCACCAGUUGUUCCUCAGCUCACUGUUCAUUUGAUGGGGUCGAGCAACCGCCAGUCACUGGGGCAUUUAUGGCAUACGCAGGCUAUUUCUACGUUGUUAGAGCUUUGUUGAUGAACGAAUCAACCGACACGAUCAGACCAGCCGAAUAUGACGAAUUUAAAACCUCAAUGAAGCAAUUAUGUAACACACCUUGGAGUGAGCUGAGAACGCAAAAGGAAUGGGUCUCGGACAGGUAUCUUCGCACCUAUUGCUUUGCAACUCAUUACAUCUUCAGUUUGCUGAAUGACGGUUACAAAUUUGACGCAACCACGUGGAAAGACAUUCACUUUCAGAAAGAGGUCAAGAGCACCAGUGUAGGUUGGAGUUUAGGCUACAUGCUGAGUAGCUCCAAUAUGAUUCCGUCUGAGGUGAAUGAAGUUCUCCCAUUCACUAAUCCUGUCUUUGCCGGUCUUAUAUUUUUAUUUUCAGCUCUGACCAUUAUUACGGUCAUCUUGAUUUUUAUCAUUCUUAUUCGUACAUGCUAUUAG